GCGACCGCCGCGUCUUGGAUAAACUUAACCACCUGUCUGUCGUUGAAUCUGACUUCGAAGAAGGUCUCCACUUGAUAGAUGAGUCAGUUUGAAUUCUUUGGCUAUUCGGGAUGACAUCGUGCCCUUUCCUGAUCCCGGUGGACCCAUGAUGAGAGCUCUAAUUAAACGAGACAUUUUUGUUGAUCUAUUGACUUGUCCCCCCUAAACUAAUCCCUAUCCGUCUCUCAUGAAUGGUGGCGCCAUUUUCAAAAGGAAUUCUGCGUUUUGAUCGGGUUUUGAUCGUCGAAGUCGAAGAAGAACAGAAGGUUUAGAAACAAUUUAUCAGUUUUGUACGAGUAUCAGUUUAACCGAAUACACUAUGCUCGUUGGUGAAAUCUAGAAGAUAAAGAAUGAAGCACUCAAUUAAGGGUGGAGCUGCAUCUCUCCUGGAGAAGUCACGGAGUUAUACAAGGGGACAGCACUUUACAUCAGAUGGUAGAGAAAACUUGAAGAAAGCUCAACAGGAACAAAAACAAUCAAGCAGAAACCCUGAAGAUGAAGACAUUGCUGCCUACUUGUCCCAGCUUUCGAAGAAGACAUCAGAGAAAAAGAAAAAUGUAGAUGACAUCAGCUCAGGCCUGAGUGAUUUGAGUCUUUCUGAUGAAGUGAAGGCAUCUAAUACCAUGAAAUUCAUGAAAAAGUCAAGCUCGUCGAGCACAGCACUACUUGGUUCCUCUCAAAGUGCACAGAGUAUUCAGCAAUCAGCGAGGAAGGUGUCGGGAACCAUCUCAGGGAAGAAGACCAAGAGCUUUACAUCUAGUGCCCUUCAACGAGCUUCAAAACUAAGUGCCAAGAUAACCUCUAGGCACAUGAACCUAGACAGUGAUGAUUCAUCGGAAGACAGAUCUGACAAACACCACCAAGAGCUUGACUUUACUCGCGAUACCCCAAGCCCUCCUGUGUCUGAGCCGAAAGCUGACAAGUUCAGAUUCCUGAAGAAGCCACCAAGUAAAGCCCACGAACCUGUACAGGAUGAAGAGUCUAAACAAGCAAAUCAUCCUGAUUAUGACUCUGAUGAACUUUACGCUCCCAACAAUGCAAGAGAUACUAGGAUGAAUUCCACCGUGCCCUUAACAUCUACUCCAGCUACAAAGACACAACGGAAGAGCAAUACUAGUAGUCGGAAUGUGUACAGUAAGAUAAUGGCUGAGCUUGAUACUGAUGAAGAGAGUAUUGACUAUUUGCUAGGAGACACCAACCUAUCCCCCUCUUUGAUCAAGGAAGUGGAGCAUUUUGAUCACGUAUCAGACAAUGAUGUAUCUGUACUGAAGAUCUCAGAUAAUGGUUACCUAGAAGGAGAUAUGGAUGUUGUCUCUGCGGAUGAAUCUAUUGUUGAGUCGAUAGGAGAGGAUAUAGGUCUUACACUGGACGGUCUACAGACCAUCGAUGACCUACUACCACCGAGUGUUAUACAUUCCCCAGACUCAUCCAUUCAUCAUCAUAUACCAUCUCAUCACACGGACACUGAGAGCAUUAGAAGUAGGAGUCCUUCACCAGUUGAGGAUUCUGUAGCUUCGAAUCAUGACGAUACGUCAUAUUGCUCCAGGACUGCUGAUAAUUCUUACAGUUCGGUCGCAUCGUACAGUUCAGCAAGCUUCCUCUCGGAAACAAAGUCACAUUCUUUUCAUUCCAGGAGUAGCCAUAGUUACAGCAGGAGUAGCAGCAGGAGUACCAGCACAAGAUCCAAGAAAUCGGAUUCCAGCGUCAGAACCAUCACAUCUGCAAGGUCUGAUUCUUACUCACAUGACUUUGACACCCUAUCUAAUACUGAAGAUAAAACUAUAACGGAUGAUAAAACUCUAACUGAUGAUGAGACUAUUUCUAGUGAUUUUUCCAGUGCUUCCACUAUGAGAAGUCAUACCAGAAGGAUUCGACCAGUCAGUGGACAGGAUGUAGGAGUUCAAACUUCAGGUUCUUUGCAUUCCAUCAACCAUCAUUGGCUCAAUGAUUAUAAUUUCCAUACACCGAGUUACUUCAAUCUUGUAAAUGCCAACAAGGACACAGUCUCUCAUCACAUUGACCCAUCAGUUUUACAAACACUGAGCUCAUUUGACUCUACUUCAAUGAUGCUGCAUACAAACCUGUUAGCUCAAGUCAGACAAACACAGCUAGCCAUCACCAAUACCAUGAGACAACAUCAAGCCUUCCUUGAUUCAUUACAAGAAGAUUACUCCUACACUACAUUGGAAAACACUAGAUCUUAUAUCAAGAAGCAGAAGAGAAGGAGGAAAGUUAAAAGAAAGACAUCUUUGGAUGGAGAGGAAACCCUUACUUCAUAACAACUGGAUAUACCUCCGCCGAUUGUGGGUUGGUGCCGAUGCCACUAUGUUCAGGUUUUCCAUGUGUACAUUUAAUUCCUUCUAUUAUCUUUGUUAGCAAUAACUUAACCUUUUCGCUGGUUUCCUUCAAGUUCAAGAUAGAUUAUCAAUAUGUUUUUAUCUCCUCAUGACAUUGUAUUUUACAUAUUGCCAUGUCUAACGGACCUGUGCACUCUAGACAAAUCCACCAUUGUCAUUAUCAUUAUGAUGAUAAACUGAUUAGUUUUUUGGACAAUGGCAAUGGAUUUGCUCUUGUAUACUUGAUAAAGUACAUGUAACAGUAAUUUCAUUUUGUGUUAGGGCCACAAAGUCAAAGUGUCAAUGGUCACAAAAAUCAAACAAGCAUAUACCAAUGAUUUUCACAAAAAAUCAAAGAUUCAUAUUUCAUUGCUUUUGUUGGUUUGCUUUAUCAUGUUAUGUGCAAAACUGGAAGUCAUGGUAUGCUAAUGAGAGAGCCCCUAAUGUCACACAUCCACUUUUUUUCAUGUUUUAUUCAUUCGAAAUUCAAAUUGAACAUAUUUCCUUUACAUGGAUGUCAUAUUUUUUUAUCCUUGCUCUGCUAGGGGUAGCAUUCUGCGUUCCAAUAUUUAAAAAUCCAAUCCAUGACUUGUUGUCUUAUAUCUCAUCCAGGGAAUUCCCUCAUCAAAUUUUGUCUCCCUGUUAUUACUCUGAAGAUGUAGCGUUGAUACUCAUUCACCUAUAGGGAAUGUAAACUGCUUCAUUACUACCAUGUAGCCAAGACCAUACUCUCUCACCAAAUCUUGGUCCAUUCCUCUUCCAGUGUACACUUGAAAACCUAUGCAAUACACUGUGAUGCUGUCACAGAGACACCAGAUCUUAAUCUCUUAGUUGGGUUUUGGUGCAUAUACUGCUUCCAUGUGAGUCGACCAUUAAAUGUUAUCAUCGCCUCAUCGAUGCUUAUUGCCUAGCCUGGCUGAAAAUUUCGAGGAAAGUUCUGUUGAAUAUUCCUGAUGAAUUCCCCAACUUUGUAUAGCUUAUCAUUCUCAUCAUGAGCCUCUUUCACAUCACUUGAAUGAACGUACUGACAGAGUUUUUCAUAUCGCAUUUUUAAGAAAAACUUUGCAAUGAAUUCAUUUUGCAAAGCUGGAUCAUUUGACUAGCAAUCUGCAUUCUCUGAAGUCUUGUGGAUGCCCAUGCGGAUGUUUAUUGAGACAAAUGCCUUCAUCUCAGCUGCAUUUGUUUGUGUCCACAAGGUGUCUAAUGUCACAUAUUCAUUGCCUGGUUCAUGUUCACUGGUAGUUUCUUGUAUGUUGACAGCAUUCGAGUUGGUAUUUCUAGCAAGAGUUGAAACAAAAUCAUCUCCUAUUUGGCAAAGAAGGAACUGAAGAAACCAAAUAUCUCUCAAAAGUAAACAUCCAUUAACUUUGGACAGGGCCACAUUCUUUGACUGAAUCUUUGUAGUCCUUGGAUUUCUUUUCUGUGCUCUAUCCCCCUCUUCUUUUCAAUGGCAUGCUGUAUUAUGGACUUCUGAAUCUCAUAGAAAGUUUGCUCUAAUGUACUGGCCACUUUCAGGUGACCAAGAACUUGCGCCAUCAUGGCCCAAACAGGAGAGAAGCUGCCAACAGAACAUUUACAGCUGGCCUCCUGUCAAAGCAUGCAGAUAGCUUCUCAUUUUGUUGAUCUAGCAUGGAAGAGAGCUCACUGACUUUGGUCAGUGAGGUUUAAUUCUUUUAAUUAAUUCUUGAGUGUUUGUGAUAAAAAUAUAAAGUUUCAGGGUAUUAUGAAAGGGAGGGUGCAUUGGGGAAUCCCCCUUGAAGUGACUAUGUACAGACUCUGUCUCUUCUGGCAAUAUCAAAGAAAAUUAUUUGUUUUCUUCCAGGAGCUGUGUCCUUCCUUUUAAUAGUAUUGUCAUUUUUUCUUCUUAUAAUAAAGACAUAUGCUUUUUCAGAUAUAUCUCAUGAACUAUUCUUUGGGAUUAUAACUCUCUUUUGAAAGCCAUUCUUUGCUCAUAUACCAAUGAUUACAUUGUAAAUGUGGGAAAGAAGGAUUUAUUGUGAUGUUAGUAAUGUACUCACACCUUCACACAGUUGCAGAUCCAGGAGGGGGAGUCACCUGGAGAAAAAAUGUGACUUUUUAGCUGGGUUUGGGCUCUUUUUCAUAAAGACAAUGAAAAUGCUACAGAGCCAGAGGUGAAUUUUUUUUAUUUUUUUUAUUUAUGAUGUUUUCCAUCUUUUCAGGUAUCCUCUUUUCCCAAGAAAAUACAAAAUGAUUAAAAUAUCCAACAAAUACUUCUUCCCAGAACUCGAUGAAUUAAAACAAAAUCUUCAGGAGGUACAGUGAUCAACACAAUAUGCCUUGUAAAGCAAUACCAUUUGAGAUGGAUCUUCCACAAAUCUUGCAUCUUUCUGUAAGGCGUGCAUACAAGUUAUACAACUGUUGUGCUUUGCAUGUACAUUUAGUUUUUGAUAUGUACCUCGUUUUGCAAUGUAUCCAGUAACAUACGUCAAAAUUGCACUCCAAUAAGAUGGAUCUUAAUGAUUUUAAUUCAUUACAAAGAUUGUUGAAUUCCUCCUUAUUGGUUCUUUGCUAUCAUAUAAGAAUUCAGAAUUUGACUAUUUGUUUGUGAAUGUUGCUAACAUUUAAGAAUAAUGAUAAUAGUCAGUUUAUAUAGAGCGCAUAACACUUAACAAAUAUGUCUCUAUGCACUUCAGAAAAUUAAAGAGAGGAAGAGAGGUGUUGAGGUUAGGUACAAUUUGAAUUUUAGGGCUGUUUUGAAUUUGUUUACUGAAUCAAUUGUUUCCAGGGAAUUUGGGAGUUUGUUCCAUAAAACGGGCUGCAUGAGCAAAUGAACGUUGACCAUAUGUUUUUGUUGAUAUUGGAGGAACAAUUGAUAAAUUCUUACUUUGUGAACAUAGAUUGACGUGUUGGCUUAUAGACAAUGACUAAAUUAUUUCAGUAUGAAUGAGCAAGUCCAUAGACACAUUGAUAGGCUAAUGUAACACAAUCUUAAAUUGGAUUAAAAACUGGACUGGUGACUAAUGUAAAUACUGUAAGACAGGGGGACGCCUCCUAUUUUGAACAUCAAUUCAGCGCCCAAAGGUCGAACAUCAAUUCGGCGUCCCCUAUGU